UACCAGAUUGGGAACACUUGUAUAACGUGUGGCUGGAGACCAACUGCCCAGUGAUAAGCUACACCUGUAGCGGGAAACCCCAUUUUAAUUGCUCCUAUGCGACGUCAGUGACUCCAGUCCUUUAAAAGUAAAGGCUGUGGCUUUUGCGCACAGGUGUGGACAGAAAUGAAGUAAUAAAAUGUUAAAACGACGACAACAAAACACGAUCUGCGCAGAAUUAUGGACGAAUAUGUAGAUGUCUCCCUCUCUCCGCAGUGGUGAUGCUUGUUGCUUGUUUAGUUGCUGGGAAGCAGUCGUCAAGCUCCUCCUCCGGACUUUUCGUGGCUGUAAAAUAAACGCACCCAUUGUGCGCCAAUGGAAAGGUGGACCAACAGGUAGGCAUCCUCUAGCUGUGCCUCUCGGCUCCGUCGGUGCGUUAUAGGGAAACAAGUGGACCGACCAGACCUUGCGCUUUCCAGGAAUUGGACCUGAGGCACAACUUCGCCCAGUGUGUUUCGUUUUUCUGUAAUUGUCUGACACAGUUUCUUUUGAGAGAAGACGUUCUUCUGGCUGGGAAACACCACACAGCGCUGGUUUGAAAGAUUUUCUGCUUAAUUAACUGGAGGUCUAUUAUUGAAAAAAAAAACACACCUUUGUGAUAAAAGAAGCGGGGAAAUCUCAAAGUGGAUGCAAUGUUGAAGCUGCCAUUUUGUUUUGACCAUUAAGCUUUGCUCCUCUGGGAUAAAAAAAGCACACACUGAUCACACACAGCUGAUCAGAAGUGGUCAGACGCUGUCUGACCUAGACCCCCUGUAGGAGGACAUGGAGGUCCUGCGGCGGUCGUCUGUCUUUGCUGCAGAGGUCCUGGACGUGUUUGACCGAUCGUUGACUGAGAAGGAGCUGGUGUCCCAGUCCAAAGCCUUGUGCAGAGACUACAUCCUGUCCAGACUCAACCAGAGUGGGCUGGGAUGGUCUAAAACUGAGCUCAGUCUCUCUCCCUCAAGUGCAAUGCUUGCUGAGGUGUCUUUGGUGCUUCUCUGCCUAGGUGAUGAGCUGGAGUGUAUACAGCCCAGUUUGUACAGGAAUGUGGCACGGCAGCUCAACAUCUCGGUUGCCAUGGAGAACAUGGUUUCAGAUGCCUUCAUCGGCGUUGCAACAGAGAUCUUUUCAACAGGUAUAACAUGGGGGAAGGUGGUGUCCAUGUAUGCAGUAGCUGGAGCCCUGGCAGUGGAUUGUGUCAGACAAGGCCAUCCAACCAUAGUUCACAUUUUAGUGGACAGUCUGGGCCACUUUGUCCGCAAGUUCCUGGCUCCCUGGCUGAAGAGACGGGGAGGAUGGGCAGAGAUCACAAAAUGUGUGGUGAAAAGGGACCUCACCCCAGAACACCACUGGCUGUCCUCGAUCAUGGAGUCCCUGAAGUACUUCCUCACUGCGGUCUAUGUUUACAUCAUGAAGGAGCCAUGAGCGGCUAAGACAGAGAGCAUGGAGUCCUCCUGAUAAAAGACUUCACUCUCAGACUUGUCAGUAAAGAAAAGAUGGAGCGGAGAUGGUCACUGUGCCUGAGGAUGACUGGGCCUGCCAGCAGGCAUCAGUCGGUGGCUGAAUGGACAUUAACAAGUGUUUAUCAGUAUCAUGUCUGUGUUGUCUCAGCAUCAGAGGAGUCUAAGUGAUUACCCAUCAUCCAAAGAGUAGUCACCGUGAUAUUUAGGAGGGCGAAUGGCAAUAGAACAAGCAUGCAUCACUCCACCUCUUCUACAUAUUUUGCCACUGUUUACACCAGUGCAGUAAACCAGGCUUCUCCAGUGUUGUAACUGUAAUGUGUGAUCAGGUCCAGUGUGUCUCAGAGUGAUGGAGGUGGAAGCCACGUGUGUGGUAGAACUUGAUGCUCAGCUGGCUGGGUUUUUUUGACUGAUGUUAAAGUGGAGGUGUUUCAGUCAGCAGUGAGUUUACACCUGUGAGCACUGUCGGGUGGUAUCAACUGCUUGCACUUCAUGAGUUUAAUCUAAACUAUUGUACUUCACCAAAGCACUAAUAUAAUCCAGAAUGUUUUGAAAACCUGCUCCUGCACUUCCAUAUAUGAUUGAAACACUGGGUCCCAGUGGGCCCAGUUUUGGCCAAAGAAUGCAGGGGCAGAGGAAUGGUACAUACAGACUUGUGCACAUUUUGGUGACAUUGAUUUCCUUUUUAAUCUGUAAAUAGUUCAAUUUUAUUUUUGUAUCUCCACUAUGUCCACUGCAGUAUAAAGAGAGUCCUUACAACAGCUUUUCAGAUUGUUUGAUGUCAUCACUUUCACAGUGUUAAUUUAUAAAUGUGUCAAUGUUUUUUUUUUUUAAAUCCACAAUAAACU